AUGGUGUGGAUUAAUCUGGUCCCUUCUAAAGUGGGGUGUUUUGUGUGGCGUGCUUGUUUAAAUCGCAUUCUAACUUUGGUGGUCCUUGCUAAGAGGAGAUUAAAUGUGCCGAGCACAUCUUGUCAAUUAUGCAACAAUGGUGAUGACGAUACUAAUCAUGUUCUAGUGAAGUGUCCGUCCUUGAAAACCGCUUUGGACUGGAUUUUUAGAUGGUGCGAUAUCCAGGUGCAACAUUUCAAUUCGGUCACCAAGUUGGUGAGUUUUGCUAUCCAAUGGGGUCAGUGCCCUAAAAAACGUAAAAUUCUCCUUGCUAUCAUAUACAGUUUCCUUUGGUUCGGUUGGAAGGCUAGGAAUGAUAAGAUUUUCAAUAAUUUGAAGAUCUCGUCAAUGGUUUUGGCGGAUAAUACUAUCAAUUUGUUGUUUAAUUGGGUGAAUCAUAGGGGUACAUUUGAAAAUUGUAAAUGGGUAGUUUGUAGUUGUAACCUCUUCCGCAUUUUGUAA